GGAGCAUCACUUUCUUUUGUUUUCAUCGAUUCAUGGAUGCAGUGAGAUAUGUCCACAGUUGCAUCUUUAACACCCCUAAUCGCACGAAGAAAGUGAUGAAAACUGUUCCUUGCAAAUGGAAAUCCACAGUCCCUGUUACAGUUAGGCACAACUACAUCUAUCAAACCAGCAAUCACAGGAAGAUUGUACGAAAUAGUGUGACCGGCCCGGAAUUUGGAAUACCCUCCUCAACUACAGGUGAGUUUGUAACAAAGCUAAUUCAGUUAAACAAAGAGAAAAUGCAAAAACAAAGAUGGGAUGCAGCCAUGCAAGUAGAAAAGAUUCGCGCAUCGAAAACGAAAGGAACGAAAACAAGGAAGAAUACAUCAAAGGCCAAAAAAAGUGUGGUGCAGCGAACAACUAAUGGUUUGUUCUUGGACACAAAUUAUCCAUGUUUAUCUAUAUAUGGCGAGAUGGAUCGUGACUUAGAUUACGCGAUUAAACAUUUAGCAAGGAAUGGUGUUCUGAUUGACUUCCAUGAUAUGAAGCCGAUUGAGGACCGGCUGAUUGUGACUGAUUUGGGGAAGAAAAAAUACGUUGCUACUCCCGAGAAAGAACGGCAAAUGGGAGACAUAAUUUAUCUUAGUUUGCACUAUGGGCCUCAAUGGAAGCAAAAACAUAAGAUUGUUGUACGUGCUCCUCAUUGGCGACACAUGCUCCUCAUAAACACUUUUACAUUCUCAAACGUGGUGAAGAAAAUGUACCCUAAAAAUGGAUAAAUGGCAGAAAAGACAAUUGAGAGGUGUGGAUGUUGUUUGCAAACCUCUACGCAAAGAGCUAAAUAUACAAAUGGAAAGACGUCAAUUUGCCAUACGCGUUGCACAUGCGAUGACUAUUAAUAAAUCACAGGGACAAUCGGUGAAGUAUGUGGGCAUUUAUUUACGUACUCCAGUAUUUAUCCAUGGUCAUCUAUAUGUCGCAUUGUCUAGGUGUACUGCUGCA